AUGUGUGAGGAGGAGGGAACUCUCUCUGUCUCCUCCCCAGGCUCCAUCCCUGCUCGCUGCUGCCGCCUGUGUGUGCCCGGGCUGGGGAGGCUGUGUGACGCCGGGUAACACUGUAUAUAUAACGUUGCUGAGGAGCGUUGUCUCUGAAAUGAACAAUGAUGCAGAGGAACAACUUCUUUAUGAUGCCCGAAAUGGAAACAAGGAAGAGAUCCGAGAACUGCUAGAAAGUUGCAAGAAAGGGCAAAUUGUGGUUAAUGUUGAUUGCAAAGGUAAAAGUAAGUCUAAUUUAGGAUGGUCACCUCUACAUCUUGCAUGUUAUUUUGGACACAGAGAAGUAGUAGAAGAUUUAUUAAAGGUUGGAGCAGAUAUUAACGUUCUGAAUGACAUGGGGGACACUCCUUUACACCGAGCUGCCUUUACUGGACGUAAGGAGCUGGUGAUGUUAUUAUUGGAGUCCAAUGCAGAUGCCACCAUAAUAAAUGGAGGAGGACAAACAGCUGGUGAUGUGGCACAGGACAAGGAAAUUAAGACCAUGUUAGAAGCUGCACAACGGACACAGGAAAGAAAACUGGAAGAGAUACUGUUGUGUGCCGCGAGAGAGGGGAACAUCGUAACAUUAUCCGAACUGCUUAACAGAGCUAAACCACCCAAUAUCAACUGCACUGACCAGAUGGGUAACACUCCUCUACAUUGUGCCGCGUAUCGUGGGAUGAAACAGUGUGCCUUAAAGCUUCUCAAAAGUGGAGCAGAUGCAAAGAUUAGAAAUAAAAGCAGUCAGACUCCAAUGGAUCUCGCCCAGCAUAUAGAAAUAAAGCAAGUUCUCCAAGCCAAGGCUGGAAAGUAUAUAUUGAAAAACCUCCAGAGAUUUGAAGGGCCAUUAUGCAAGAGCUCACGUUUUUUUGGUUGGAAACUUUUUUGGGUGGUGUUGGAGCAUGGUGUUAUUUCUUGGUAUCAAAAACAGUCAGAUGCACUAAACAACGUCUAUCGGCAAGGUUGCAAACACCUGACACAAGCCAUCUGCACGGUGAAAUCAUCAGACAAUUUGUCUUUCUCCUUAAAAUGUUUUGAUGACAGCAUCCACAACUUCAAAGUAUUGACCAAAAACCCGAAGCACACAAGGGAGGAGUGGCUGUCUGCCAUUGAGGAACAUUCUGCUUACAGCACCCACUACUGUUCUCAAGACCAGCUCAGUGACGAUGAAGACGAAGAUCUGGUACCUGUAGGAGACUUGAAGGAGUCACUUGAGAACGCUCAGCUUGGACACCAGCGAUUGGAUAAAGAAAUCUCCGAAUUUCUUAGUGCUUUAAAAACUUUCAAGGGCUCAGCAGAUAUUGACACUGUUAUUCUGCAACAAGUCAAACAAGUAUCUGAGGCAUCCCAAGAAACGUGCAGAGCUUUGGCCAGUUGUCUACUUCUUUUUACCAAGCAUGAUAAGGCGAGAAAUCUGAAACUGGAACACGAGCAGGAGAAAAGUAAGAUCUUAUCAGAGGCUUUACAGAUAUUGGCUACUGAACACCACGAAUUGGAACAGUCUCUGGUUAAAGGAACACCUCCACUCCACAGCAUUCUCAGCGAGGAUGAGUUCUACGAUGCCGUUUCAGAUUCAGAGUCUGAUCAUUCCUUGAGUGGGUUUGAGACUGUUGGAAAUUCUUCUGCAGAAGAGAGUUUGCAUUUGAGCUUCUGUAACCAGGACAGCAUGUCGGAUGACAAGAAGCCCGGCGGGGGAGAUGCCACAUCUAACGGCAUAAAAAAACACAGAACAAGUUUGCCCUCCCCCAUGUUUUCCAGAAAUGAUUUCAGUAUUUGGAGUAUUUUAAGAAAAUGCAUUGGAAUGGAGUUAUCCAAGAUCACAAUGCCGGUUAUAUUUAAUGAGCCGCUGAGCUUUCUGCAGCGCCUGUCUGAGUACAUGGAGCACACUUACCUCAUCCACAAAGCUAACCUUUGCUCAGACCCUGUGGAGCGAAUGCAGUGUGUUGCUGCAUUUGCAGUGUCAGCAGUUGCAUCACAGUGGGAACGUACGGGGAAACCAUUCAAUCCUCUGCUUGGGGAAACCUAUGAAUUAGUUCGUGAUGAUCUAGGAUUUAGACUAAUUUCUGAACAGGUCAGUCACCAUCCACCAAUUAGCGCUUUCCAUGCAGAAGGCCUUUCUAAGGACUUUGCGUUCCAUGGAUCAAUAUAUCCUAAGCUAAAAUUUUGGGGGAAAAGUGUUGAAGCAGAGCCCAAAGGAAUUAUAACAUUGGAACUUCUUAAGCACAAUGAAUCCUACACAUGGACAAACCCUACUUGCUGUGUACAUAAUAUAAUUGUUGGCAAAUUGUGGAUUGAACAGUACGGCAAUAUGGAGAUUACUAAUCACAAGACUGCUGACAAGUGCAUUUUAAAUUUUAAGCCUUGUGGACUGUUUGGGAAAGAACUGCAUAAAGUGGAAGGAUAUAUUCAGGACAAAAGCAAGAAGAAGUUGUGUGCUCUGUAUGGAAAGUGGACAGAGUGCCUGUAUAAUACUGAUCCUGCUACAUUUGAAGCAUUUAAAAAAAAUGACAAAAAAGGUGGAGACGAUAAGAAAAACUCCAAACAGUCUGGCAGUACAGAGGAACCUGAUGAAAUGCCGUUACCAGAUUGUGAGAGUGUACAAGUUAUUCCAGGGAGCAAGCUGCUGUGGCGGAUAGCCCCUCGGCCCUCCAACUCUGCACAGAUGUACAACUUCACUCACUUUGCUCUGGCCUUGAAUGAGCUGGAUAAGGGUAUGGAAAGCUUAAUCCCUAAAACAGACUGCAGACUACGGCCUGAUAUUAGGGCGAUGGAGAACGGAGAUAUUGACACAGCAAGUGAGGAAAAGAAGAGACUAGAAGAGAAGCAAAGAGCUGCCCGUAAGAAUCGUUCGAAGUCUGAUGAGGACUGGAAUACGAGGUGGUUUCAUCAAGGCCCUAAUCCACACAACAAUGCAAAUGACUGGCUUUACACUGGAAAUUACUGGGACAGAAACUACACAAACCUACCCGACAUCUACUGAGCAUGGCUGGCAGCCUAGAGGUCUUUUCAGCUGUAUUAAAUGUAGGUUUGUGUGUUCUGAUACCUCAUGCAUAUUGCACCUUUUCAGCCCCUUAGCACUUAAUGUAAGAGAUCCUACUGGAGUAGUUGUCUUUGGUGUAAAAGAGAAUACAGCAAUAAAUUGGUGCAAUCUUCUAAACUACCAUAAACAUCAGUAGGAAGUUAGCGGUGGACUGGCACUGAAAGCACAUCACUUCAUGUCUGGUAUAUGAGAUCUUAUGGAAAACCAAUACAUUCUCAUAAUAAAUACCACUUUCUUAAACUUAAAAAAAAAAAAGAAAAAGAAAAGAUGUUUGUUGCAUAAACAUGUUUGGGGGCUUCUUCCAUGUAAUUCGGAUGGCCUUGGGUGUUGGGGGCGGGGGGGUUUGGAAGUCAUGAACGCAAUGAGAAACAGUAUUUUGAUAACAAGCUCAAUAAGAUUCACUCUGUUACUGCACAGCGACCAUUAUGGUUGUGGAUUUCCUGAGCCCAGGGAAAGAAUGUAAUCCCAAUAUUACAAAUGUUACAUUUAUUAAUAGAGGACUUUAUUGUAUAUUUAGGACAUCAUUUCCAUGUCAGUGCUUAUAGUGUGUACAUUUUGUAUUUUGACUGUGAAUUGUACUCAGAAAUAAAGUAAUGUCAGGUAUAAAUUCACCUAUUUUAUGUUUGUCUUGAGAAUUUCCAUCUGUGUAGUAAGUCUUGUAUAAAAAUACAGAAGAAAUAGGCAACAAAAAUUUUGAUUGGAUUGGAACAAGAAAUUUGUACAUAUGCAGGAAAUGUUCUUUUACUUCUCACCUUCCACUGUCGCCAGUGUUGUAGAAAGGCGCCAACGCGAUCGUAUGAAUAACGCGAUCGUAUCAACUACAGCUUGUCGGAAAUUAAGGCGAAAUGUGCCGACUGCUUUUUUAUAAGUACUUGUAGGUACUGUAGUGUAUGGCAUUAAGAGAAAUACGGUCAAGAAAGGUGCUCUAAUCUGUAUUAUAUUCUGUCAGACUCAGCUGUACGCAGAAAAAAAACAUUCCAAAAGGCCACUUAUUUCUUAAGUUUUAUGCAAGCAAAGAUUCAUGUAAAUCCGAGAACUAAUAGGAGAAACAGUCUAUAGAACAAGCGAUUCUCUUUUCUUGAAUUGCAAGUAAACAAAUGCACAUAUAGAGCAAAGACCAUCUAAAUGCAAACAGGAGUAGAUCUGGACCAGCUGAUACGGAUUACACUUUUCGAGAAUUUUUCUUUAUCAGGCUCCUAUAGUUAUAAUAUAAUGGGAACAGCUCAAAUUUAAUGUAUGCAAUUACUAGUUAGUCUACUGUUAAAGAGCGCAGUUAGUCAUUCACUGAUUACUCCACAAAUUCCAUAUAGACAAUACGAUACAGUUCAUAAAUAUAUCAUGGAAUAAAACAUUCAUACAAUCAUCAAUAUAUUAUAUAUAUAUAUAUAAAUAAAAAAAGCCUUCAUAAUUCUCUUUAAAGCACAAAGAUAUUCAACGUUCCACCUGUAAUAUUCCACGAGAGCCCAUAUCACCAACUGCGCUCUUUUGUAGGUAAUUAGAGAAUAUAUGGAUGAUGAGUUUACCUGAGGACUUACAACCUGCAAUAGAGGUGUAUGCUAUGGAUUGUUGCAGAUGUACACAUACCUACAUACAGCACCAAUACAGACGGGCAGAGCAGUGCAUGCUAUAAAUGGUCUUUACAAGACUUGAAAAAGAGAAGCUAUGCAAUAGCAGAUUAUUUAUUUUAUACCUGCCCUAUGCUUGUACUGUAUUGGCCACUUUUUGCCAACUUGUUGUAUCUAAAUAGAAGGCUUUGUAUAUAAACUGCAGCAGAAUAAAACAUAAUACAUUUUCUCUGGUCAAUACAUAUACAUAAUGUAUUCCACCUUUAUGGCAUGUACAUUUGUACACAUAUCUACAGUAUAUAUACACCCAUUUGUCUCCUUUACUAUGUGGGGUGCCUGUUCUAGAAAGAUUUGUAUGGCAACUGGCAAGAAGCUUGGUGGGAUUAGCAAUCCUAAAAGUCAGUUUAUACCACUGUUUGUAUGGAAAAUCACAGAAAAGUAAUAUAAAUUGAAUAAAGAGUGCUGCUAAAUAAAAGUAUUCAAAUAAAGUUUGGAAAGUA